AUGAAUAUCCCAAAUAAGAAUUCACCAAUUAUUCAAGGUAAUCCUCAAAGUAAUAUUGAACAGAUCUUAAGUGUACUAUUAUAUGUUAAAAUUAAACGUGUUAGUAAUAUAGUAAUUAGUGUUGCUACUCAAUGUUUUAUUACAGAAUGCUCGACUAUCAUAAUGAAUGCAAGCAUCACUCAUGCUUCUGAUGAUGAUGAGUUUUGUUCAUCUAUUGCUACUCUAUAUGCUUUAAUAGAUGCAAAAUUAUCUCAUUAUGCCACUUCUAUUUUUAUUUAA